AUGGCCUACGGCAAGUUUGAUGGGAACAGGAGAGGGUACAAAGUCGACAACAAUUUUCUCGAGUAUGGAAGAGCGAAAAAAACUGAGAAUCAUCUAUUUAAGUGGAUUGAUGAAGCUUUGAUUGAGGAGAUUCGGAUGGUGGAUGCAAAACAUGAGAGCGUUGCUAAAGGGAUUACGAUGUUUGAAGAAAGGGUUAUGGAAAAGGUGAAGUGCGAGAUGGUUAGAGUUGAACAUGAGAUGUCCAAAAAGCUUAAAGAGAAGGUAGACUUGGAGAUUGCUAGAGUUGCACAAGAGAUGAAACAGAAGCUAAAGAUAGCAAUGGUGGCUAUGGUAGUUGUAGGAGCAAUCGUAGGAAUAUGGACUUCUCUUACUGUCUGA